GAAAAGGGGGCGGGGACGGCGCGGACGUGGCUGGAGAAUGGGCCUCCCUGACCCCGCGGAGAAGUGAACGAGUCGAGGACGCGUCGGCAAGUACCUCAAAGAAAUGGUGGGGUCUAGAGAGUCAGGCGGAGUAAGCUGCAAGGAAACAGCCUCUCAGCCCCAUUUCGUGCUCUCGGGUUUGCGGAGCUGUGUCUGGUCGCCGCCGGGCGCCCAUGGGAAGUGCUGACGAGUAUCGCUGUUCACGCUUGCUGCACUUUGAACUCUUGCGAUAAUCAGCCAACAAUAGCAUUUGUGUAAACUCACACCUAAAGAAGAAAGAAAAUGGCCUGUGCUGAGUUUUCUUUUCAUAUGCCAAGUCUAGAGGAACUUGCUGGAGUUUUGCAGAAGGGACUAAAAACUAACUUUGCUGAUGUCCAGGUGUCUGUAGUUGAUUGCCCUGAUUUGACUAAGGAGCCAUUUACCUUUCCUGUAAAAGGCAUCUGUGGUAAAACUAGAAUUGCAGAAGUAGGCGGUGUGCCUUAUUUAUUGCCUCUUAUAAACCGUGAAAAAGUUUACGAUCUGAAUAAGAUUGCCAAAGAAAUUAAACUGCCUGGAGCUUUCAUUCUUGGAGCAGGGGCAGGCCCAUUUCAGACUCUUGGGUUCAAUUCUGAGUUCAUGGCAGUCAUUCAAACAGAGAGUGAAAACAAACCUCCUGUGAACGGAAGUUACUUUGCGCAUAUUAACCCUGCCGAUGGAGGGUGCCUAUUAGAGAAAUACAGUGAAAAACAUCGUGAUUUUGGGUGUGCAUUACUGGCUAAUCUUUUUGCCAGUGAGGGCCAACCAGGCAAGGUCAUUGAGGUGAAAGCCAAAAGAAGAACUGGACAACUUAACUUUGUGACUUGCAUGAGACAGACACUGGGGAACCAUUAUGGAGAUAAGCCUGUAGGCAUGGGAGGUACUUUCAUAGUUCAGAAGGGAAAAGUGAAGACUCAUAUUAUGCCCCCAGAAUUUUCUUCCUGUCCCCUGAACACUGAUGAAGAGGUGAAUAAAUGGUUACAUUUUUAUGAAAUGAAGGCUCCUUUGGUUUGUCUGCCAGUGUUUGUCUCCAGAGACCCAGGGUUCGACUUGCGACUGGAGCACACUCAUUUUUUCAGUCAUCACGGAGAAGGUGGACACUACCAUUAUGACACUACCCCAGAAACAGUGGAGUAUCUUGGAUACUUUCUACCUGCAGAGCUUCUCUAUCGAAUUGAUCAGCCAAAAGAGACCCAUUUAAUUGGGCGAGAUUAGAGCCAAUUACUCAUUAGAAGAAAUAAUUAAAGUUAAUUAACUCAUUAAUUGAUACUAAUAUAAAAUCUAAUGAAGUGAUAUCAUUACUUAAACCUCAUUUUUUAAAUGAAAGGGAUAUUGAUAUAUUCUAUAUUAUUUUAUAUAUCUGUCUGAAAGAGAUUAUU